AUGACGGAACCUGCACCCUUGCCUGCGCUCGCACCGUUGCCAGAAGGAAACGUGACAGCAUCUAUUGCGGUGAAAUUGCCGGAUUUUUGGAAAACCGAUCCGGUUAUGUGGUUUUCGCAGGCGAAAGCGCAGUUUCACCUCGCGAAAAUCGUAAACAACGAAACCAAGUUUUACCACAUCGUGGCCAAAGUGGACCAUUCAGUCAUUUGCCACAUUGCUGAUUUGGUAGCUGUUCCUCCUGCAGACAACAAAUACAAGACCGUAAAGGAUCGUCUGAUUGCCCGUUUCGCCCUGUCUGCCGAGAACCGUUUUGAGCAGCUGCUGGGAAUACACGAUCUCGGCGAUAUGCGCCCAGCGCAUCUUUUGGCGAAGAUGAGAGAGCUGCCGACCGGUUUGGGCGUGGACAACAAUCUGCUCAGAAUGAUUUUCAUUCAACGUCUUCCGGCAAAUAUUCGCCAAAUCCUCACGUGUCACGACGGUUCCAUCGAAAAACUGGCUGAAAUGGCAGACAAGAUAACCGAUGCUACAAACAAUCAUGCCUCUGCAGUUGCCGCUGUCAACAACGAAUCAACAUCCAACCCCAACAGUGAACGGAAGCUAGUGGAGCAGAUCGAAAUGCUGACAGUGGAAAUUCGGCGUCUGAAAGUUCCCAAGUCGAACCGCGGUCGUUCGCUUUCGCGAAAUCGAAGUGGUUCUCGUUCGUCUUCACGAUCCGGUAUGUGCUGGUAUCAUCGGACAUAUGGAACUAAUGCGCAGCGAUGCCGAGAACCAUGCUCAUGA